GAUAAACACAAUAAAAUUCAGUGCUUUUGUUUCUGGUUCUUUCUCUGUAACUACAUCCUUCAACCAUGGGAGAAGUUGAUCCAGCCUUCAUCCAACCCUGUGAACACAGGCCUAUACUAAAAGAUUCUGAAGCAGAUGAAAUCCCAUUAAUCAAUCUCUGUGGUGACACUGAAGAACUUGUAUUCGAGAUCGGUCAAACAUGCAAGAACUGGGGAUUUUUCCAAGUUGUUAAUCAUGGGGUGCCAUUGGAAUUGCUUAGAAGAAUGGAGAAGGUAGCAAAAGAAUUUUUUGAUCAGUCAAUGGAGGAGAAGAAGCUGGUGAAGAGAGAUGAAGUGAAUCCUCUGGGGUAUCAUGACAGUGAGCAUACCAAGAAUGUAAGGGACUGGAAGGAAGUGUUUGACUUUACGGUGGAAGAUCCAACUUUCAUCCCAGCAUCCCAUGAGCCUGGUGAUGAGGAGCUCAGGAUAUUGACUAACCAGUGGCCUCAAAAGCCUCCAGAGUUCAGGGAGGUAUGUCAAGAGUAUGUGCAAGAGGUGCAAAAACUAGCUUACAAGUUGUUGGAACUUGUCUCCCUCAGCUUAGGCUUGCCGGCUGAUCGGAUGCAUGGCUAUUUCAAAGGCCAAACCAGCUUUCUGCGGCUUAAUCACUAUCCUGCUUGCCCUUCCCCUGAGCUAGCUCUAGGUGUUGGUCGACACAAGGAUGCCGGCGCCUUAACUGUCCUCGCUCAAGAUGAUGUUGGUGGACUUGAAGUGAGGAGGAAAUCAGAUGGAGAGUGGAUUCCUGUUAAACCAGCCCCAGAUGCCUUUAUUAUUAAUGUUGGUGAUGUCAUUCAGGUGUGGAGCAAUGAUAGGUAUGAGAGUGUGGAGCACAGGGUGGUGGUGAACUCUGAGAAGGAAAGGUUUUCGAUUCCCUUCUUCUUCUUCCCGGCUCAUUAUGCCAUGAUAAAGCCAUUGGAAGAGCUUGUGAAUGAGCACCACCCUGCCAGAUACAGGGAGUACAACUGGGGAAAGUUUUUUGCUACAAGAAACCGCAGUGAUUACAAGAAACUCCAUGUGGAAAACAUACAAAUUCAGCAUUUCAGGAUAGCAGAGUAAACAUGGCAAAGAGAGCCUCUUACUUAGUUAAUAAAUGGUGUUUUAGCUUAAUGUAUGUCAUCUUUUACAUUAAGAGACAAAUAAUUUGAGGCCCUGAUGAACGUUGGAUUUUGCUUUCUUA